GGCUCCUCGUUGCAAGUGAAAUGAGUGAAAGACAUGUCUUCAUGUCACAAUUCAUAUGUUUGUCCAGUACUAGUAGCAGACAGGUUUUCAUCGCUUGAAUCAUUAUACAAUGUGAACGUGUGGUGGCCAGGUAGGAAGUCCACCAUUACUCUCCUUCCUGUUCGGUCACACGAGGAUCGACACUUAUUGUCUGCCAUGACGGCGGUGCGCUGGAGCAGCUAACAUGCAGAGCACCAUGAGUCGGACUAGUAGCAAUACUAUAUCUCACAGUGUUCCAGUGGUGGUGGUUUGCCUUGCUGCUUUACUCCUCAGCAAUGCCCUGAUCUACCUGUAUCUAAGCUCUGUGUAUCAAGCUGACAGGCAACUGAUAUCCUCUCAUGAAGGCUGUACACCUCGACAUUUUAAAAUGGUGACCAUGAAGAACUGCACCCCCUGGCUCCAGUGUGCACAGAUAAAUGCUGAGGUCCGCAAGCUGAAGCUGAUAGGCCAGGGAGCUGUUAAGAAGGUCUAUCUGGCAGAGUGGAAGGGUCAGAAGGUGGCUCUGUCCAAACUGUCCUCCCUGGAUUACCUUGAUGACUUUCUCCAUGGAUUGUCCAUGUUAGAGGCCCUGCAGGGCCCCUGGGUGGUGCAGUUGGUGGGUUAUUGCCUUGAAGACAACAUCCUGCUCACCGAGCACCAUCCACUCGGUUCACUGAUUAAUUUGGAUAGUGUUCUUGCACAAGAGCAGCACCAGCAACACAACACAUGGCAGGUCCGGCUGAGGCUGGCUAUGGAUUAUGUUUCUAUCCUCUAUUACCUCCACAACAGCCCUGCUGGGGGGCGGGUUAUGUGCGAUUCCAACAGCCUUGAGAAAACUCUCUCUCAGUUUCUACUGACAAGUGACUUUCACCUGGUAGUGAACGAUGUGGAUGCAUUGCCCGAGGUAGACCCGUCCAGAGGCUUACUGGUGAAAUGUGGCCACCGGGAGCUCACUGGGAACUUUAUAGCCCCAGAGCAGCUGUGGCCAUUCAGAAAUGAAGGGAUGCCAUUUUCAGACGAUCUCAUGCCUGCAUAUGAUGAGAGGACAGACAUCUGGAAGAUCCCAGACUUGACAUGGUUUUUGAUGGGAAGAGUACCUGGAGGGGAUUUAGUCCAUUUCCAUCUUUUUCAGAUCCAUGAGAAGUGUAAGAAGGAAGAUCCAAACCUCCGCCCUUCAGCUCUGGAUGUUUUGAAGGUGUAUAGAUCAGUCUACAGCAGCAUGGUGCGAGACAAUGCUGGCUUUAAAGACAUGCUAUAGAAUAAAUAUCUGACUCACCUCAAAAGAUCAUGUAUAUAAGAUAAAGAACUCAAGCUAUAGUUUAUAAAUUUUGUGCAGUAAAAUAAAUUCUACUCAGUUUAGAACCAACUUUAGAAUUGGGCAUUUAUUUUUACAGUUUAGAGUUACUUGACUACAUUUAGGUCUGUAAUGUGAUGAUGACUAAGAAUUAUAAUAUUUCAUGCUAAGUGAAUGAGUUAACCUUUCCCGAUUCAUUAUGAUUCUUGGCCACAAAAAAGGCUCUGCCAUGAGCCGUGGUUGGCAUUAUUGGCUGGUUAAGUGGCAAAAGGCCACUUUAAAUUAGAUGGGCCUAAAACCAACCGCACCGCCUUUCAUUAGCAGAAAGUCACCCAUCCCAGAUGAUACUCACUUGAACCAUCAAUCGCACAUUAUAAACUACAUUGAAUGUAAACUUUACACAGACUAGUUAAAGAAGUAUAAAGUAAAACCAUUUGAAUAUAAAGAUCUCCUAUGACCGGCAGUUCAGCAUAAUCUUGAUCAGGGUGUGCAGGGGGCUCAAAAUUGAGGGACACGAGUUUAGGAGAGCAAAAUUGAAAUUGGUAAUUAGUCUCCAAUCUGACAUUCUCACAUGUACAAGAGUGCUCUUCUCUUAAAGUGAUAAUAGCGACAGAUGAGUAGUAGUCACCCCUCUUUCCUCCCUGGAAUGUGUCAGAUUUCUUCUCAUAAAAAAAAUAACUACAGCACUGUGAUUUAUCUUUAAGUUCUCCUCAAAAAUCCAGUUGCUCAGUAGGUCAUAUGAAGGGUUUGCCCUGGAUUUAUUUGACAAAGGUUGCAAAGGCUAGGAAACUGUGGCAUGUGAGACAUGUACAGUUUGUAUGCACAAUGAAUUUGUCCAGUAUAAUCAUACAAUUCUGGUAUUGUUUAUGUUCUAUAUCUAUGAUAAGGUGUGGAUUUGGAUUACAUUAAAGCUAAAAAAAAAACAAACAAAAAAAAAACAACUAAAAAUCAACAAACAAACAGAAUAAGCAAUUAUUUACUUUUCCAAUAUUGUAUAAUAGGUGUGCUACAUGAGAACAAUUUGUUAUAAUUUAUGGGCUUAGCACAGAGGUACUUAAAAAGGUAACUGGUUUUGAGUCAUUGAAACAAUACUUUAUUGUUACUGCUAGGGGAAUUGUAAAGCCCAUUAAGGCAAUGUGAUUAAAGACUAUAUAAAUAAAAUUGAUUUGAUACUACUGCAUAUGUGGGAAAAAAAAACAUUAUAAAACCUUUUGUGGCUCCAGAGGAAGCGGCAUGUAAUCUGCUAAAUUGCCUGCAGGAUUGUCAGUUAGUGGCCAAGUUGCAUUGUGGGUAAUGUAGGUGCCAUGGAACAAGAAUGCGUGGAACAAAAAAUGGUGAUAUCUCUUGUAUCUGUAUUGAUUUUAUCCUUUUGUUUUUAUAACCAUCCAUAAUGACUCCAACUGUUUUAUAGGAUUACAAUGUUAGAGCAGUGGAUGAUUUUUUAAAAACUGCCUAUGUAUUGCCCACAAUGCAAAUUAGCCACUAAGUGUCAUCACUGGAGGCAAUUUAUCAGAUUACUUGCAGAUUUCUCAGGAGCCAUAAAAGGUUUUAUACUACGCUGUUAACACAGCAGUAGUACUCCACACGACCUGUACGCACACUUCAACCAGUGGAAUUGGUGAAAUUACCCUUUAAGGAAGAGGGCAUGAUGGUGAGCCUCCUAUACUUUCACGACCAACAAGUCGCAAGAUGCUGCUGGAUCCAGAAUGAAUGUAUGUUGAAGAUCCAACUUGAAACAAACUUCGUUGUGGUGAAAUUGUGAAAAUAAGAGUUUGAUUUUCCUGCCCUGCUUACCUCUGUAACUUAACUUAAUAAGCCAUGUAUCACCUGCACAUGCUUGGUACACGCCCAUUAAAGUAGUUUCUAAUUAG